GCAAGGAUACCAUAAAAAUUAAUGCAAGUUAGAAGCAAGAAAAAUUCACAAAGAUGUUUUUUUUCACUACCAAAAAAAGGGGAAGACCAGCAGAAAGACACCAGCAACCAGUGACCACACCUUGGAAAGUGCAUAAGCCUAUUUAUUUCCAUAUUCUACCACAAGUCUACAUGUGCAGUAUGUGUGUAGUGAGUUUUGUUCAGCAGUUCUCAGCACGUUCCCCAAAUGUCACAUCCCUUCCACUCUCAGCUCAAUUUUCCCCUCAGAGUGGAAAUAAUUUUUGGGUGGCUGGCGUGAUUUGUCAGCACACUGACCUAAUUGGGCAUAACACAUAAAAAGAACACAUGUAAACAAACCCUGCUUUUCACGGGGAAAUGCAAAUGCGGCGCUUGGAUGUGAUUUUAUGACUUCUAUACUGAUCAUGGGGAGUGGUAACAUUAAUAAAGUAGCUAUUAAUGCGUUUAAAGCGACUUAAUGACUUGUUUGAAUGGUGAUUCUGAUCUCUAAGCAUAAAGACCCAAGACAACUGUGUUAGCAGGUCACCUAGGAAAGUAACUAAAGAGCUUGUUUUGUAAAUAGGCCACAGUUUGGACAUUCCUCUGUUCGCAUACUGACGUAAACAGGGCAGGGAUGGUCAGUCCUGCUGCUGCUGGCACUAUCUCCACUACAGUGGGGUGGCAGUAAUGUUCCAAGGCACAGGCCAGUCACAUGUAGAAACACUCAGCUGCUGUAAGCACGAGGCUCCUCCCCCUUCUUCGGUAGUGUAGGUAGAAGGACUACACAUCCAUGCACGAGCACUGCAGCCACAACCUUUCACUGACAUUUCAGCCUUUGUUUGAAAUUCGCCUUACAUACUUAGCCGUGCUUCCCUCCCAAACACACCCAUCCGUGCGCACACACAAAAGAGACGGGAUGCUACAUCAUGCGUAGGGUAAUAUAUAUAUACAUAUAUAUAUAUAUCUGAGUGGCCUGAGUGGCACCGCAUGGAGGGCGCAUGCAGCACAAGGCCUGGGAUCCCCUCACUCCUUCUUAUCAGCAGCUUAAAAUAAAUAUUUGCUCCUUUUUUACAAUUUGCGCACGGGUGCUGUUGGUAUUAUUCAAGGCUUAAAAAUGGAAACCGUCGCCACCUUUAAUUAAAAAGUGUAAAAGCCAAUAAGAGAUAUUGGUGCCAAAACAGGGGCCUCUGGUAAGGCUGUAUAAGUCAUGAAUAUAAGUAGUAAUAAGUAGCUAAUUCACCAUUAUUCCUGCAAGGACAGCGUGUACAGGCAAGCCAAGCUUUCACUUUCUGUAUUACUUAAGACAGUUGCGUUCAUAUUCUCUCUUUUUUGUUGUUGGUGUUUGUUUUUUGAUUUGUUACAGCUUUAUAAUUAUAGUCAGAUUUUACAAGAUCACAAAUAUUACCUGAGGUGGUCUUAUUGGAGUGUAAUAUAUGCGUAAUAACAGGUGUUCACGGUCGAGGAUUGGGCCCACAUCUUACACGCCGCCAUAAAUCCAUAUUUUUAUGUGGCUCAUACAUAAAUAAAAGGCAAACUGUGGGGAUCAGUGACACUCUUUGAGUCGACAAGUGCAGUGACAACGACUUGAUUUUCCACACAGUAGCUCUUUUUUUUCCUUUCUUCACUCCCCCAGCCUGGAGGGACCCGUGGCACGGCCCUUAUUAUGAUUUGAUAAUAUAACCCCUCUGCCUCCUUUAAGCCCAUCCCUUUGCUGAAUGUACCCACUGCUCAUCAUGCCACUUUCAUACCCUACUGCACUUUCUGUGCUAGGAGAGCAGCAGUGAACCCACAUGCACCUCCAAACAAUUUUUUUCUUGUGAUUUUAAGGGAGAUUUUAUUUAGAGGCGGUGCUUGUUGGCUCCAGAGUAGCGUCGUAGCGACGACACUUUUCCCUCAGUCCCUGUUAAAAGAGUUUGGCCAGGGCCAGUUGGUGCCGGGGGGUCGCCUAUAGCUUAGUACUAUCCUGGGGGGUGAUUGCUGCGUCUUUUUUUUAAUCCCAGCAGAUUUUUUUCUAUUUUAUUUUCUAUUUUAUUUUUUUUAAUUUUUUCUACUUCUCUGAAUAUCGCCAUUCUCUCACUCUAAGAUCUGAUACCCCUUCGAGAUUUUUCCUUUCAGAUCAUGAACAAACUAUAUGUUGGGAAUUUAAGUCCUUCGGUCACUGUCGAGGACUUGAAGCAGCUCUUUGGGGAGAGGAAGCUGCCAGUGGCCGACCAGGUCCUACUGAAAUCCGGCUAUGCUUUUGUGGACUUCCCCGAUCAGAACUCGGCCAUAAAGGCUAUAGAGACUCUUUCUGGUAAAGUUGAAUUACACGGAAAGGUGAUAGAGGUAGACUACUCUGUUCCCAAAAAACUAAGGAGUCGGAAGAUCCAGAUCCGGAACAUUCCCCCUCAUCUACAGUGGGAGGUUUUGGAUGGCCUUCUAGCUCAGUAUGGUACUGUAGAAAACGUGGAACAAGUGAACACUGAUACAGAAACAGCAGUGGUGAAUGUUACAUACGCAACCAAGGAGGAAGCUAAAGUAGCCAUCGAGAAGUUGACAGGACACCAGUUCGACGACUACUCCUUCAAGGUGUCAUAUAUCAUGGACACGGAUGCUGCUCCACCUGUCCAGGCUCCCCGCACGCGUCGUGGGGGUCGGACUUCGCGGGACCAGGGCUCCUCUCAGCCCGGGCCAUCAGGAGGCUACGGAUCUCCACGCCCCAGACAACACGACUUCCCACUGCGCAUGCUCGUGCCUACUCAGUUUGUGGGAGCCAUCAUCGGCAAGGAAGGCAACACCAUCAAGGAUGUCACCAAACAGACGCAGUCAAAGGUAGACAUUCAUCGGAAGGAAAAUGCAGGUGCAGCUGAAAAACCCAUCACCAUCCACUCAACACCCGAGGGCUGCUCCGCCGCCUGUCGCAUGAUCCUGGACAUCAUGCAGAAGGAGGCCAACGAGACCAAGACGACGGAGGACAUCCCUCUGAAAAUCCUUGCCCACAACAGCCUUGUGGGUCGGCUGAUUGGCAAGGAGGGCCGCAACCUGAAGAAAAUCGAGGAGGAGACAGGGACCAAGAUAACCAUCUCCUCGUUACAAGACUUAACUAUUUACAACCCUGAGAGGACCAUCACGGUGAAGGGCAGCGUAGAUGCGUGUUGUAAAGCUGAGGUGGAAAUCAUGAAGAAACUGAGGGAAGCCUACGAGAAUGAUAUUGCUGCUAUAAAUCAACAGGCCAACUUGAUCCCGGGCUUGAACCUGAACGCUCUGGGCAUCUUCUCCUCUGGUCUGCCGGUGCUGCCCCCUGCUGCUGGACCACGUAGCGCUGUGCCUGCUGUGGCGCCAGCAGGGUACAACCCAUUCUUAAGUCACUCUUCACAUCUCAGUGGCCUGUAUGGGGUUCCUCCAGCAAGUGCCAUCCCCCACCAGCACUCACAACAGGCUCCAGAACAGGAGGUUGUCUACCUCUUUAUUCCAACUCAGGCAGUCGGGGCCCUGAUCGGCAAGAAGGGUCAGCACAUCAAACAACUUGCCCACUUUGCCGGAGCUUCCAUCAAGAUCGCUCCGGCUGAGAGUCCAGAUGUUACUGAGAGGAUGGUCAUCAUUACUGGAACCCCAGAAGCUCAGUUUAAGGCCCAAGGUCGGAUAUUUGGAAAGCUGAAAGAGGAAAACUUCUUCUCUGCGAAGGAGGAGGUCAAACUGGAGACGCACAUCAAGGUUCCCUCAAGUGCAGCUGGCAGGGUCAUCGGUAAAGGUGGUAAGACGGUAAACGAGUUGCAGAACCUUACGAGCGCGGAGGUCAUCGUACCGCGGGACCAAACUCCUGACGAGAACGACGAGGUCUUUGUGAAAAUCAGUGGGCAUUUCUUUGCCAGCCAGACUGCACAGAGGAAGAUCCGGGAGAUCAUUCAGCAGGUCAAACAGCAGGAACAGAAGCACCAGCAGGGCGCCGCCGUGUCACCGCACCACUCCAAGUGACCAGCCGGGUGGCUCCAGUGGGCACCAGCCAAUGAAUGUAGCCCUCCCAAAUGGACAGAGACCUAUCCAGACUAAGGCCAAGGCCAAGGGGGACAUGCAGGGCAGACCAGCAGCACCGGGAUCAAAACCAAAGAACUUCGCUAGGGGGGACACAAGUGAGAGCCAAAGGCUGAGGGCAUUGUGUGCACUGCCAGCCCUGUGAGAGCAGAUAGAUUGGGAGAAAUCGUACUGAAGCUAAAAAAAAAAAAAUUAAUAAAGAAACAAAAAGACCAAAAAAAAAAAAAAACCUACAAGAAAGGUGGAAAUGGCAGAAAAUUUGGGAACUGUUGUCUUCACGGUUUAAAAAAACUAGUUUGUCGCCCUGCAUAACGUUAUCUCUUUAGUUGGACUAACAUAGGCCUAAAAAGAGAAAAAGCAACUCUAUUUUAACACGAGCGUAUAUGAGGCAUUGUGAUUGAUAUUUUGGGUUAGAGCGAGAGCGAGCGACAGCGGACUCCUUCUCUCACGCGUGUUUGAGAUAUUUAGAUCAAAUAUCCUUAGCAGUAUUAAUGCAGUAGAAACGUGUAUGGAUACACACUGAGAGCAUGCUCUGUUAUUUUAUUCAUCAAAAUGACAGUACAGCUUGGUGUUAGUAUUUUGCUUGUACCUGAGAUUGAUUGAUUGAGUAAUCGAUUGAUUGACAGCCUCCCCUUGUUUGUUCCCAUUUUUAGGCCACUGAAAUUUGAAAAGAAAACCCCUAUAAGUAAAUAAGGUGAAUGGUUCUGAGUCUUUGUAACAAGCCUGUGUGUGUGCCAACGCAAAAGAUAACGUCCCUUUCAAAUAUAUCUCACCAUUCAUAUCUGAUACUAAGCUUAUUUUUUUUAAUUUUUCUCUUUUCUUCUCAUUUCUGCUUCACUUCUCAUCACUCUCUCUCAUCGGACACCAUGUCUUUUCUUUUGUUUUUGUUUGGGUUUUUUCUUUUUUUAAAAAUGGGAUAAAAUUUUUCCGUAGCUUUUUGAUAACCUUGAACUGACUGCCACUUUUGCUCAAGAGAGGUUAAAUGCAACUGAGGGAUUUUUCUUUUUUCUUUCUUUUUUUUUUUUUUUUGUAAUCAGUAAAAUUCUGUCAUGCUGUGCAGUAGACGUCGUCUGUGUUCACGCUCGUCGUCUCCUCUUCAAUCAGAGCAAAAACUGACGUCUUAACGAGCGGUGCGCGUUCGCCCGUUAACCGGUCCUCUUCGAACGCGCGCCGCCACACGCUUGGCCUUAUGAGUACGUCGCAAGGGCCAGCACAGAAUGUGAGCUGAGGGCCCAGUAAAGGAGGGGGACAGGGUUCGGGGCAGGGUUCGGAGGGUUAGGGGGAGGGAGGGUGCAGACCUCUGGUGUGUGGGGUGGCAGCGAGGUUGGAUUUUAGGGAGGCGCUGUAUGACCUGUGGUACACGACCAGCCGCAGCCGCGUUUGGCUUUAAUCCUCUCUUGUCAGGGAGCUUUCUAAAAAUGGCAUGACAGCUGUGAAUGUACAAAAUGCAGCCUUUUUAGAAAAAAAUACAGAUAUCACCCCUGCCGUGUCCAGCAGGCCAGGCCAGCGGCACACGACACACAGAUUGUCAUCCUCUUGCUCUCUCUGUUCUUUUCGCUUUUUUUUUUUUUUAUUUUAUUAUUAAAAAAAAUUAUUUUGGCGAGCUGGCCGCCUGCUCUGUGGGCACGCUGGACACGCAGGUCCUGGUGUCCCUUUGUGCUUUACUUUGAAGAACAUAGAAGCUUGUUGCCUUAUUUUGUCACCUUUCAUACAUCACCCAUCAGCUUCAUCUUCCAGACGCAAGGUUAUUGCCAAUACGCACAGCUUCCUCCGUGUGUGUGUGUGUGUGAGUGUGUGUGUGUGUGUGUAUAUAUAUAUAAAAAGAGAGAGUAAUAUUUAUGAAUCUAUUUUUUCCUAUUUUGUGAUGAGAGCUAUUGAUAAGAAACAAAAAGAAGACAAAGUCCUUUUCUUUUUUUCCUCAGUGGGACACUGCCAUAUUAUUUUGAAGGGAAGUGUUUAUUUUCUUGAAAAAACUAAAACAAAAACUAGACUAUGAAUAAUAAUAUAAUGAAUAAAAACCUGAAAAAAUAGGAGAGCAGUAAAAGUGAACCACCGCGUUAACUUGUGGUCGGGAUGUGAACAGUGCGCAUGUCAGUAUUGUGAUCUACCUCAGGCUUCAGGGUACCUCAGUCCAAUCUUUCAUUUCCCCUUUUUUCCACAUUUUUGUAUGCCUUGUUAACUAAUCAUUUUGAGCGUUUUUAAUUUUCUUUUUUAAUGAAAUGAAAAAAGAGAAAAGAUCUACAGUAAUCUCUACUCUCUUCAGGUCCAGCCGACUAGUGAAACUUUGUAAAAAAAAAAAUCAAAUAAAAAUAACCGUAGUCAACUUUGUCGGACUGUUUGCCUGGACGCCAUACAACCUCUUAAUGAUACAAAAGAAUUUCCAAGUCAGUUUUUUUUUUUUUUUGUUUGCUAGAAAGGAAUGAAGAGCAGGAUCUAAGGGGUACAUACCUGCCCGAUGUGGUUCUGAAUGUGGAUGUUGUGUACUGAUUUCACCUUCAAAGAAAUUAAAGAGAACAAAAAAAAAAGAAAAAUCAGUUGAUAGAAACAGAAACUAACCGACUGUACCUCCUGUUUUUGUUUUUUUUUGUUUGUCUUUCCCAACCGUACCUCCAGGUUUUUUGAGACUUUUAACAAACCACGACGUUUAUUCACUUGUGGAAAAAAAUAACAUAAAAAAAAUUUUCUUUUUUUUUUUAUAACAACCCAAUUUUACCAGCUCUAUUUGAUAACAGCAUCCUCUGGGGUUGAUUUGAUGAAAACACAAAGCUGCAAAAAUACACUGACAGGACUCUUGAACGUGGUGUGAAGCCCUAGUCUUCUGUGUAGAAUGUAGAACAACUCUAGUCGUUGAAAUGUCACUGUGUACGACAGGAUAACUGUAUAUCUGUAAACAUGUACAAUAGUCGCACAUUAAUGCAUCGUUUUCUGUCUCUCUAUAACACCUACCAGUCUGCGCCUGCAUUGUGAGAAAUGGUGGGAGAAGUUUAGAGCGUCACAGGUUCCCUCAAGCUGACCUCUAAAUGGUUCUCUCAUCGAUCUACCGGUUAUUAAAUUUUUUUUGUGCUGUACAUUUCAGAAUUACCUCUGAAUCCAAGGCUGACUUAGUUACAGUUACUAAAACCUGUGUAGGGCAAAAGAAUUAAAUAAAUAAAUGAUGUAGUGAAAGUUAGUUUGUUUUUGGCGCUAUUUUAGGGAUUUUUUUUCAUCAGAUGAGGAUUUGUUUUUUUUUUUUGGUCCCAGUGAACACAGAUUAGCAAAAUAAAACAAAGGUCUAUCAAACUCACACAAUGCCUGGGGCUGCUUCAGCACGCCUCCACCACAGCCGGUACAGUACCUCAUACUGAUGAUGUUAGCUCGCCAGACCUGAUUCAAUUACCCUGACCUUACCCACAUGAAUGCAGUACGGUGCUUCUGUUGGAGCGCAUGACUCCUGCGGUGGGCUGCUUCACUUUAGUAGGGCAUGUCUGUUCGCAGUAGCACUGGAAAAUUGAAUUUUGUCACUUACGGUUUGUCUGACUGGCAGGAGUAGGUUUUUUUUCCUCUUUUUUUUUUCUUUUUUUUCCCUUUUUCCUAGAGCAGAUUUGAAGUUCUUUUCUCGCAUUGCAGAGGACUCCUCAGGCCUCUGCCUCUCUUGUGUUUUUGGCUCUUUAUUAGAAGAGCAGGUUUCCCUACAGCCACAGUCUGAGGCAAAACCUGCAAACAUCAUAGUAACUUCUUUUUUUUUUUUUUUUUUACUUCCAAGGAUUUUGGUGUUUCUAGGUUCAGUAGGGUGUUGCUAGGCAUUAAUUUCAGUAUCAGAAAAAACACACUUGCAUCACUGAGGACGCACAGUGCUGUUAGUCAUAUCGCACAGCGGUUGAAUAACUUAGGCUUUAUUUUGUUUUCUGUUGAUCUGGUUUUCUUGUCAGUUACACUGAUUAAAUAAUGUCGUCUGGAGCAGUAGCCGGGAUUCUUUAAUAUCCAGUCAUGUUAGAUCACUACUUGCUGUUAAAUUGUGUCCUAGCUAGGAUUUUAAACAGAUUUGAAGAUUGGGAUGGGGGAGGGGGGGAGAUAAGAAAAAGAAAAUGCAAAGUAGAUAUGAGUGGGCAGAGUAACCAGGUCUGAAAAUAAAAGUGCUGGUAAAAGUUGUUCUGCCUACGGGACUGAAUAUUCAACACCAUCCAAAAUAACAAAAACAAGUAUGGAUCAGGUGAUGAAGGAUCAAGUCUGGUCAGAUGUGCAGAACCACAGCAGUGUUUUUUUUGUUUGUUUUUUUGUCGUCCUAACUUGUGAACUGAGAAAAAUGCAAAGACUUGCAUGAGACUAUUGCAGGCGAUCCAGUAUGUACUACACGUCAUAUAGCACUAUACUUCAAUUUGUGGUUUUACAUCGAUCCGACUCUUAACUGCUCUUCACCAUUUGGGAGAUUCCUUUUGUUUCCUCAGUAGGUCACAAACCCUCACGUCCUACAUUUCCCACAGGCCAAAAGGUCCCAAAAACACCUCAAGGUAAUUGGUGACUGUGCACUGGACAGACAUACGAUCCAUUGUUACUACAUCUCGUGGAUCUGUGCCUUUCUGGUAACAGCCAUGCUGUUGUUUUGAGUUGUGAGUGAACUGUAUUGCUGAGCAACCUGGAUCUGAGCAAUAAAGAAUAUUUGAAAGAAAA